GUGGUGUUGCAUAGUGCCGGACACAUAGACGCUUUGAGUCAGGAAAGACACACACUGAAACCUCACAGGUUAAUUUGUAUUGAGAUUGCCGGACACAUAGACGUGUUGAGUGAGGAUAGCUGCAUACUGAAAGCUCACAGAUGGAUUGGUUUUUGAACCCUUUGAGUGGGGAUAGCUACAUACUGAAACCUCACGAGUUGAGUGUUAUUGGAUAG